AUGGCACUCCCAAGGAUCCUCGCCACCCGCGUCGGCACAACCGUCGGCACAACCUUCGCCCGCCGCACAUUCAACACCUCAGUCCUCCGCCGGGACGCCGUGUCGGCGGGUGUGGCGCCCGUGGUGUCGGCUUCGCCUCUACCAGCGAGACGGCCGGUGGGGGCUUUGAGGGGGGGGCUCUUCGGCUUCUUCCUCGGCAGCUCACUCGCAGCCGGCGCGGUGUACUAUUAUGCGGUGCAGGAGUACAAGACGUCGAAUGAGCUGCUGACGGAGGAUAUUUACGAUGCCCCGGCCCGGUCCGGCAUUGUGGGCCCGGCUCGGGCCUGUUUUAAAUCUCCCGAGCUGCUGCAGCUGCAGCCCACUUCCACACCCCACCAACCUCAGUCCACCGCCAUGAACAACUUUGGCGUCAUCGAGCUCUCGAGCACCACCACCAAAAAUGCACCAGGCUGGGCCUACGUGCCAGACACCGGGCCGGUGGUGCCCUCGGCGCUGCAGCCGGCAAAUCGGAAACGCGCGCGCAAUCAGCCAGCACUGAGCCUGUCCGACCUUUCGGCGCGCGAAGAAACGAGAAUCCGCAAGGACCUGGAAGCGCUCGACCGCGAUAGCCACCGAGAUGCCAGUAUCCCGAUACCGCCGCGGCCGGGUGGAAGCCGAGCCCAGCACAAACACACCCCGAACGUGCGCAAAAUCCUGCAGUCGCAAAAGACCUUUGCCAACCACCUCGACGACUACCAAGCGCUGCUCGCCCUCGCCGAGAGCAACCCGGCCGCCGCGGCCGCCGCCAACGCCGCCGCAGCACGAGACAAAGCGGCGACGCCCGUCGCAGUAACAGCAGCAGCAGCAGCAUCAGCGGCUUCGAAGAGCGCGUCUCCCGCGCCAGCCCCUCCUGUUCCAGAGGCAGAGACAAACCCCGAGCCGACCGCAGACGAACAAACCCAACCAGCCCAACCCACCGACAUCGAAAUGACCGAUGCGCCAGCCACCACCGAACCAGACUCUACCACCACACAAACCCAAAACCCACCACCACCACAACCACAAGCACCACAGUCACCCCCCCAACCCCAAACCUACCCCCGCGACAGCGCCAUCCUCCCCGCCUACGCCCAACCCCCACCACGCCCCCACCCAGGUGACGCCGACCCGUUACUCGUCUCCUACAUCCCGCCCUUCCCGACGGACGACGAACUCCGCGCGCUCAUGACUGCGCCGCCGUUGAGUUAUCUUGAGGCGAGGGCUAAGUGGGAUGAUGACGGUGGUGCUGGUCUUAAUGAUAAAGAGGAAGACGGAGGAGGAGGAGGAGGAGGGGGAGGGGGUUAUGCACAGCAGCAGCGGUAUCCGGUGAGGGUGUUUUGUGCGGUGUGUGGGUAUUGGGGGAGGGUAAAGUGUAUCAAGUGUGGGACGAGGGUGUGUGCGUUGGAUUGUUUGGAGGCGCAUCGGGAGGAGUGUGUUACGCGGUAUGGGCUGUAG